GGCCCCGCCGCUCCCCGCCGGCCCCCCGAGCCCGGGGCGCGCGCUCUCGCCCGGGCCGCCCGCGCCCCGCGGAGCCGCGGCCCGAGGCGCGGGGAAGCGCAGCCAUGGCCCUGCGGCGGCUGGGGGCCGCGCUGCUGCUGCUGCCGCUGCUCGCCGCCCUGGAAGAGACGCUGAUGGAUUCCACCACGGCGACGGCGGAGCUCGGCUGGAUCGUGCAUCCUCCUUCAGGGUGGGAAGAGGUGAGCGGCUACGACGAGAACAUGAACACGAUCCGCACCUACCAGGUCUGCAAUGUGUUCGAGUCGAGCCAGAACAACUGGCUGCGGACCAAGUUCAUCCGGCGCCGCGGCGCCCACCGCAUCCACGUGGAAAUGAAGUUCUCGGUGCGGGACUGCAGCAGCAUUCCCAGCGUGCCCGGCUCCUGCAAGGAGACCUUCAACCUCUACUACUACGAGGCCGACUUCGACUCGGCCACCAAGACCUUCCCCAACUGGAUGGAGAACCCGUGGGUGAAGGUGGACACCAUCGCGGCCGACGAGAGCUUCUCGCAGGUGGACCUGGGCGGCCGCGUCAUGAAGAUCAACACGGAGGUGAGGAGCUUCGGGCCCGUGUCCCGCAGCGGCUUCUACCUGGCCUUCCAGGACUACGGCGGCUGCAUGUCCCUCAUCGCCGUGCGCGUCUUCUACCGCAAGUGCCCCCGCGUCAUCCAGAACGGCGCCGUCUUCCAGGAGACGCUGUCGGGGGCCGAGAGCACCUCGCUGGUGGCCGCCCGCGGCAGCUGCAUCGCCAACGCCGAGGAGGUGGACGUGCCCAUCAAGCUCUACUGUAACGGGGACGGCGAGUGGCUGGUGCCCAUCGGGCGCUGCAUGUGCAAAGCGGGCUUCGAGGCCGUGGAGAACGGCACCAUCUGCCGAGGUUGCCCAUCUGGAACCUUCAAGGCCAACCAGGGGGACGAGGCCUGCACCCACUGUCCCAUCAACAGCCGGACCACUUCCGAAGGGGCCACCAACUGUGUGUGCCGCAACGGCUACUACCGAGCGGACCUGGACCCGCUGGACAUGCCCUGCACAACCAUCCCCUCUGCACCCCAGGCCGUGAUCUCCAGCGUCAACGAGACCUCCCUGAUGCUGGAAUGGACCCCGCCCCGCGACUCGGGGGGCCGGGAGGAUCUCGUCUACAACAUCAUCUGCAAGAGCUGCGGCUCGGGCCGGGGCGCCUGCACCCGCUGCGGGGACAACGUGCAGUACGCGCCCCGCCAGCUGGGCCUGACGGAGCCCCGCGUCUACAUCAGCGACCUGCUGGCCCACACCCAGUACACCUUCGAGAUCCAGGCCGUGAACGGCGUCACCGACCAGAGCCCCUUCUCGCCGCAGUUCGCCUCCGUGAACAUCACCACCAACCAAGCAGCUCCAUCGGCGGUGUCCAUCAUGCACCAGGUGAGCCGCACCGUGGACAGCAUCACCCUGUCGUGGUCCCAGCCGGACCAGCCCAACGGCGUCAUCCUGGACUACGAGCUGCAGUAUUACGAGAAGGAGCUCAGUGAGUACAACGCCACGGCCAUAAAAAGCCCCACCAACACAGUCACUGUGCAGGGCCUCAAAGCCGGCGCCAUCUAUGUCUUCCAGGUGCGGGCACGCACCGUGGCGGGCUAUGGGCGCUACAGUGGCAAGAUGUACUUCCAGACCAUGACAGAAGCCGAGUACCAGACAAGCAUCCAGGAGAAGCUGCCCCUCAUCGUCGGCUCCUCGGCGGCGGCCCUGGUCUUCCUCAUCGCCGUGGUCGUCAUCGCCAUCGUGUGCAACAGAAGACGGGGGUUUGAGCGUGCGGACUCGGAGUACACUGACAAGCUGCAGCACUACACCAGCGGCCACAUGACCCCAGGCAUGAAGAUCUACAUUGACCCAUUCACCUACGAGGACCCCAAUGAGGCAGUGCGGGAGUUUGCCAAGGAAAUUGACAUCUCCUGUGUCAAAAUUGAGCAGGUGAUCGGAGCAGGACCCCCUAUAUCCUCACCCCAUGCCAGCCAAACACCACUGGACAGCCAUGAAGAGUUGACUCUUCCUCUCAAAGGGGAGUUUGGUGAGGUGUGCAGUGGCCACCUGAAACUGCCAGGCAAGAGAGAGAUCUUUGUGGCCAUCAAGACGCUCAAGUCGGGCUACACGGAGAAGCAGCGCCGGGACUUCCUGAGCGAGGCCUCCAUCAUGGGCCAGUUCGACCACCCCAACGUCAUCCACCUGGAGGGUGUUGUCACCAAGAGCACGCCUGUGAUGAUCGUCACCGAGUUCAUGGAGAACGGCUCCCUGGACUCCUUCCUCCGGCAAAACGACGGGCAGUUCACAGUCAUCCAGCUGGUGGGCAUGCUGCGGGGCAUCGCGGCCGGCAUGAAGUACCUGGCAGACAUGAAUUACGUGCACCGCGACCUGGCCGCCCGCAACAUCCUCGUCAACAGCAACCUGGUCUGCAAGGUGUCCGACUUCGGCCUCUCACGCUUCCUGGAGGAUGAUACCUCAGACCCCACCUACACCAGCGCCCUGGGUGGGAAGAUCCCCAUCCGCUGGACAGCCCCGGAAGCCAUCCAGUACCGCAAGUUCACCUCAGCCAGCGACGUGUGGAGCUAUGGUAUCGUCAUGUGGGAGGUGAUGUCGUACGGGGAGCGGCCCUACUGGGACAUGACCAACCAGGACGUGAUCAAUGCCAUAGAGCAGGACUACCGGCUGCCCCCGCCCAUGGACUGCCCAAGCGCCCUGCACCAGCUCAUGCUGGACUGCUGGCAGAAGGACCGCAACCACCGGCCCAAGUUUGGGCAGAUCGUCAACACGCUGGACAAGAUGAUCCGCAACCCCAACAGCCUCAAAGCCAUGGCGCCCCUCUCUUCUGGAAUCAACCUGCCACUGCUGGACCGCACGAUCCCCGACUACACCAGCUUUAACACAGUGGACGAGUGGCUGGAGGCCAUCAAGAUGGGGCAGUACAAGGAGAGCUUCGCCAAUGCCGGCUUCACCUCCUUCGACGUCGUGUCACAGAUGAUGAUGGAGGACAUUCUCCGGGUUGGGGUCACCUUGGCCGGCCACCAGAAAAAAAUCCUGAACAGCAUCCAGGUGAUGCGGGCACAGAUGAACCAGAUCCAGUCAGUGGAGGUUUGACACUCACCUGCCUCGGCUCACCUCCUCCUCCAGGCCCUGCCCCCUCCGCCCCACACGCUGGCCUCCCUGGUUCUCUGUCCACCGAAGGGUCAGCCACCUGCCAGGAGGCCACGGCAACAGGAAGCACCAAGCAGCCCGCCAGCCAUGAGACGUCGCCAAGAACACGUGCAACUCAGAUGAUGGG